GCCGGGAGCUGUAGUCCUCAGCCGCCAUCGGGGAGAGGGGCACCGCGCGGCUGGGACUACAUCUCCCUGGGGCUCACGGGAGGGAGGGGCGGUGCCGUGGGCGGGGCGCGGACAGCUCCGGUGCUGAUCGCGAGGCGGGUUUGCCGGCAGAGUCCGGGAGGGCAGCGGGCGGCGAGCGGAAGAGGGGCGAGCGGCGGCCGCGCCCGGCGAUGAGGCACGAAGCGCCCAUGCAGAUGGCAUCUGCUCAAGAUUCCAGAUAUGGCCAGAAAGAUACAUCUGACCAGAACUUUGAUUACAUGUUCAAACUGCUCAUCAUUGGCAACAGCAGUGUUGGGAAAACCUCCUUUUUGUUCCGAUAUGCAGAUGAUUCCUUUACUUCUGCAUUUGUGAGCACAGUCGGGAUUGAUUUCAAAGUAAAAACAGUUUUCAAAAAUGAAAAAAGAAUUAAGCUACAGAUCUGGGACACAGCGGGUCAGGAGAGAUACAGAACAAUUACCACGGCUUACUAUCGGGGUGCAAUGGGUUUCAUUUUAAUGUAUGACAUCACGAAUGAAGAAUCCUUCAAUGCUGUGCAGGAUUGGUCAACUCAAAUCAAAACCUACUCUUGGGAUAAUGCCCAGGUUAUUCUGGUGGGUAACAAGUGUGACAUGGAGGAUGAGCGGGUAAUCUUCACUGAGAGAGGAAAACAAUUAGCAGAGCAACUUGGUUUUGAAUUUUUUGAAACAAGUGCCAAGGACAACAUUAACGUCAAGCAGACAUUUGAGCGACUUGUGGAUAUCAUCUGUGACAAAAUGUCUGAAAGUCUGGAGACAGAUCCCAGUAUCACUGCCGGCAAGCAGAACACACGACUAAAGGACACCCCUCCACCACAGCAACCCAACUGUGGCUGUUAAUGCAGCUACCAGCAAAGGCAGCUCCAGCACGUUCUGUUGCCAACAGAGUAUUUAUGAGUGGUCUAUAUGCCUUUAUUUAUACUGUCCUAGUAAUUUAUUUCGGAGAAAAAUCUUUUAUUCUACAUUAGCAUCUGGUUGAGUAUAUGUACGAAGAUGGGGAUAUUAAUAGUUUGAAAGAAUAAUCUGUUUUUUAGCUUCUGGCUCUUGCAUGCAGGAUGGCUAUUAGUUUCUCUUUUCUUUUUACUGUUUCACAUUAUACUGACUUCAGCCGGUGCCAUGUGCCUAGAAAUGAUUUACUUCAUCAGCUUCAAAUUAUAUAGUUGAAUCCUUAGGGCAGUGGCCAAGGUAUUUUAGAAUAAGCUUCCUAAUGCCAUUUAUAUUUUCUCCUGACCGAAAAUUAAUUUAGAAAUAUCACUUUAAAGAGCCAAUCACUCAUUCUGUCUAGAUCAUUUGUGUAAGGAACACUUCCUUGAGCAUACUGCCUGAAUAAGUCUGGGCUCAGUAUGUUACACAUCGUGUGCUUGGAAACUGCAGCAGUUAGAACUGACCUCCAGCCUUCCUGAACCCUAAGCCACCAGAUCUUCCUUUCAGACUCCAACUGGAUGUGGGUGUUCGGUGCAGAUCCUCAGAGAUAUUAGAUACUUUAUCCUGGCUAGCCAGCUAGUAUGCUUACAUUUCUGUGUGAACUGCAUGUCUGUUCAACUCCUUUCUGAAACUGUACUCAUUUUCUCAUUCCAGCAUGCAGAGGCCCUGGUAGUUUCUGCCCUAGAGGGCAGAAAGAGGGCAGAAAGAGGGCUGACCAGCUCUUUUUACUUCCAUCUGCAUUAGAAAUUUAACAUUCUGUUCAGAUAUUACCCCUGAAAAAGCCAAAUCCAUUACAGUCAGUUGUUCAUAGCCAAAAACUGUCAUGUCAUGUUGCUGUCAAACCUGCAGGCGUAAGCUUUCAGGAAUUGUAUCUCCCAUUCAGUCACUGGGACAACCAUCACCAUACUGGCUACUAAUGCCUUUAGUUCACUCUGACCUAAUGUAGAUGUGCUGCUGAUGACAAUGAGCUUGAGUCUGACCUCAUUUUUACUUUGAUGAGGAAAUCUUUUUUGACAAGACAAUCAAAGAUUGGCAAGAUUUUAUUAAAAAAAAAAAAAAACAGCAACAAACUUUAGGAAUAAUAAGAAAUGGCUAUCAUUUCCAGAGUUAAACUGAAUGUAUCUAUCAAAUCAGGAAAGGCUGUGAAGAGCGCACACACACGCGCACACACACACACACACACACACAAAGGCAGAAAAAACACACAAAUUCUGUUUCAAUUAAUUUCAUAAAAAUAGUCAUAUUUCACAGUUUUAAAAAGUACUCCUCUGGUAACUGGUGGCACAUCUAUGCCCAGUACAUAGUGCUUCGUGCAACGGCUUUAUUUCAGUCACAGUCACAGUGACAUUUUUAAGCUAAACUGCAUAACUGGGGAAGUGUUAACUAUUUUAUUGUUCCUAGCUGGCAGGCUUUAAGACAAGGCUGACAUUUCCCAGACUGUCUGCAAUACAAAAAAAAAAUAGGAAGACAAAUUAGAAAAUGGAAGUAACAAAAGUUACUGAAAACUGCUCACAACUGCAAAGGAAUCCCUCUGCACACAUUCCUGUUUUCCAAGGUAAUUUAUAUUAACUCCUGAAAGACACUGAGGAAAAUGGCCACUGUUUUUUUUUUCUUUUUUUUUUUUUUUUUUUUCCCCCACUGGUUAAAUAACCUACAUAAACUUUGGUGUGGUGAAAGCAACUUUCAAGUAAGGCAUAUAGACGCACGCAAAAUGGAUAGGCCACCAGGGGGCAACAUUGGCUGUCUAAUUUAAAUUAACAAAUGCGCUUUCUUCAUGCUAGGGUUUUAAACCUGAUGUCCUCUUAACAAGCUUACUUAAACACCUGUUUUCCUAAUAGACAUGGAGGCUGAACCUUCACUUGCUUAAUUUCAUGAACAGAAAGUACGGUCUUCUCUGGAGCUGAUGAGCAGUCAGGUAGAAGAGGCGUGUUCUACCCCUACCAUAACCCUGCCUCUUACAGGGCAGUACUUUUUUCUCCCAUAUCUAAGGCAGCAUGUUGGUAACUGUGCUGAGGAACUUUCAGUGAUACCUUUUCACCCACUAGGUACCAGCUGCUUGGAUAGAAGUGAUAGGGAAUCAAGGGGCCUUUAUAUGAGAUGGUGGCCAGUUUACCUCCCCAUGCUUGUUAUAUUCAUUUAUACAUACUGGAGAAAAAGGGAGCAGAAAAACUUUGAGACAGCAAUCAACAGCAGCCCGCAUUUAUUUAGAAAAGGUUUAAGUUGUAUUAUAUGCCUGAGGCAUCACAUUCUCAGGCAAGGCAAAGAGAAGGGAGGAUAUCAACACAUCAUACAAAAGCUUGGGCAUGUCCUGGAUCAUGCAGCACCUCUACAAGUGCAAACAUUCACCUUUGCUCUGAGAUUCUGGCUGCAAACUGGCUAUUUCCCAUGCACAUUGUAAGAAGCAAACAAAGACAAAAAGAUACCCCUUGCUAUAGCCACACCUUGGUUUUAUUCCGUUGCAAUGAAUUCUAAACCCUCACUGCCUCCUUGUGACAAUGUAGACUCUAAUCAGCAGUGGCAGUACAUUAUCAGCAUAUAUUUUUUUUUAAAAGUUGAGAGAUAGCUAAAUCAUUCAUUAAUUAAAUAGUAUUACUGAAUUGCUUUUCAUUUUGCAUGAGGGGCUGGACAGAAGAGCAACAGCAAAGAAUCUCUCCUUCCCUUUUCUGUGACAAGUAAAGUCUCUAGCCUCUGACGUACCUGAUCUUCUGUAUAGGAUGGGGAGGCUGGGGAAGCAGCUGCCAGAGUAACACUGACUAUCUGCCAUGUGUUGUGAGGAAAGGCUCACCUGAAGCAAAAAUGCAGGGCCUAGCCACUAUAUAAGAACUCUCAGAGUCUUUGUAUUGACACUCGGACAUUGCCAUAGAAUUCAGAAUUAUUCAGAUUAAUUUUUAAUGUGUUCACAUCAAAUCCUUGGAGGUUUUCAAGACAAAAAUAGAUAAAAUCCUGAGCAACCUGCUUUGACUUCUCAGCUGACGCUGCUUUGAGGUGAUUGGUCUGGGACCUGCUAAUGUCCCAUCCAACCUGAUUUAUCUUACCCUCCUUUCCUCUGAAAUUUGACAUUCCUGGAUGUUCAAGGAGAACUUUUCUCAACAGUCAGCUUUACCCACUGUUGGAAAAACAGGUUUUGAUUUUCCAACCAGUGGAAUAAGUUGGCUUUUAAAGCCAUAUGUUUCACAGCAAUAUUGAGUUUUCUGCUACAAAUUUUGGUCAGAUUCAGACGAGAAGCAUCAGAUCUCAAUAGCUCACCUUCCUAGGGUGGAACCUGGCUGUUGCAGAGGAACAUGAAAGACAGAAGGGCUUCUGGGAAGUAACUUAUGAUCCCUUCCUCAAGCAUUAUGAAAAUUUAGCUUGAGUUCUGGGGAAGCCAGCAGGAGUAGAAUCUUCAUUCUACUUGAAAUUAUGCUUUGGCCCUUUUCAUAGUACAGGAUCUACAACUGAAGCAUGUGUCAAACUAAUUCAACUCCAACUGGUCUCUGAGACAGAACUGCAAUUUUCUUAAAUGUAGGCAGAGGUAUGUUACUACUGAACAUUUUGGAAAUUCCAUCCUCGCCUAAUUGGGGAUCAAAAUUCAAUCAAUAGAUCAUUCUUCACCCCUAUCCAGUAGUCACUGAUUAUGAGUUAGUCAUUGGAGGAGACAGAAGCAGGAUUUGACACAGUUCUGCUAAGAGAAAGGAUCAGGACGAAAAGUAAUAUUGUAGUGAUACAACAGGUCUGGAUCAUUAAGUUGAAAACCUGGGGACAAGAUAUCCAAAACUAUUUUCAGCCUCACGAUUUUUGGUCAAGAAGUACACACUUUUCACUAAUUUGUUGUCACUCUCACACAGAAAUAAGACUGAUUGUCAUGGAGCUUCAUUGUUCCAGUCACAGAUGACCUCUUCCGCUAAAAUUUUGGCCAACUGAUGAGAUACAGCAGUUGUCACGGAGAGCAUAUUGCAUUUUUGAGAGUUUAGAUGCCUAUGGUCAGAGGGUCCUAAGCUCCAUAAUGCCAGCUGAACUGUCAGUUCACAACCUAUUUUCCAAGUUACAAUCUAGACUACUGCUUUCAGCAGCAGGCUAAUCCUGUGCAUGGAUAAUACAGCAGCCAUAUCAUUUUCUGAUACUGUAUUGCUUGCUGUAUGAUCAAACCAGUGCUCAGAAAAUGCCUUGGGAUCACAUGGGAACACAAGACACAGUUGGCACCUGCAGUGCCUCCUGGCAGUGACCAGCCAGAGAGCUAGCAAGCCUGGCUGGGUUAACCUUCAGACACGUGUUUUUGAUUCCAAUAAGAGUUCAUGUUCACAGGCAUUUUAGUCCUUAUAGCAUAGCUAACUUAAUUAUUUUUGUUGUUGUUGCUGUAGUUUGUUUAUUUAGAUCUCUUUGUUUGGUAUUUGAAAUACAUAUAAGCUAGCUGGAUUUUCUGCCAAAAAAAAUUCUCUCUGAACAGCUGUGUAUGUGACUGUUACCUGGAACUGUUUGUUCCUCUGUGCUUAUACUUAAUGCAAUGCUUAGAGAAACUACCUGAGCAACUACAUCGCUGUGGCCUUUCCAGAGCAUCAGUCUGAAAGACUAAGCUUUCUUCCCAGUCUGCUCAGCUCUGUAUAUUCAGCUGUACCACAUGCACCUUCUUCAUUUCAGGAAUGAAGUAUUUUGUGAUACACAAAAUCUGCUGGAAUUUGAUCCCAAUCUUUGAGAAUGCUUUGAGUUGAAUUUUCAAUUCUAGGGGAAAAAAAAUGGUGGUACAAAUUCUACAUCUGAUGAUGAUGCCUCUGUUUCUGCAACACCAGAUGAAAAGAUGCUGCAUUUGCAUUCUAAAAAAAAAACAAAAAACAAUAUCUCCUCCAAACUACUCUUUUCUAUAUUUUCUAUAUUUCACUGAGAGAGGCAAGUUUUAUUACUUGUAUUUUUAAGGGCAUCAACUAAAUUACUGUUCUGCUGAUUGACUGUUAGGACAGUUUCCUCCUUGGCCUGUUUCUUAGUCAGACAGUAUGUGAGCCUGGUUCCUCUUUAGGAUGAUAAAUAUAGCAGUUCGAGACCCUGAGUACGUAAAUCCUUAUAGAUAAGCUCUUAGGGGGUGUAAAGCAAUAUCUUCACUUCUGCCAACAGGGAAGUGAGUUUUGUUGAUUUACACUGUUUAAUCUACACACAUAGGCUUUUCAGUACAGUCUGACUCCAGAUUCUCCAAGGUUCAUCACAUGUUUAGUGUCAUUUAAAGAGGCAACUCAGUUCAAAUUUUUGAACAAUUUUUACCAGUUUCUUUGUUAAGAAUAGGUGAAUGCAGUUCAUCUUAUGAAGUUUUUUUCUUUUUUCUUUUUCUUCCUUUUAUUUUACUUUGUUUAUCCAUGGAUGUUGAUUGAAUCAGAAUUGUAACUACACACAUUUAAUAUGCACAUGCAGCAGUAUGUCUUUGAUGCUCACUCAGUUCCUACUGCUACUUAUCUCAUUAAGUGCGGCUUUCCAUAAAUGCCACAGCAAAUUUAUCCAGAACUUCUCAUUAACAACAGAAAUCCACGGGGUUACAUCUGUAGUCCAUAUGUUUAUUUUCCAUGGUUCCAGCCGUGUAGCUGGCUUGUCAUUUAUAGAAUAAGGUACCUGGUAUUUGAUUUGAUGAAGGAGAAGCAGAAGAGCAGUAACUUCAGGUUCAUGUACAACAUGCAUUAAUGAAAGCUGGGGAUUGCGUACCACUUCUGGCGAUAACUUUACUUGAGUAACUCUGACAUGUACCUGCAACUAGUGUUAAAUGAACUGUUUGUGUGUAAAUCCUGUUUAAUAUUUUGUCAGUAAUGUCAGAUGUGUUGUGGCUCAGUUGGACUGUCAGAACGUGUAACCUAUAUACUAGUGUUUGUGAAACUGAAAUGUCUUAAAUGUUGCAUGAAAAUAUGUUAUAAAAAUAGAUAUGUUUUCUAUUUUUUGAAUACCUCAAAACUGAGGAAUCAUGGGCCAAUAAGUGCAAUAUUUAAUGACUUACUCAGUGUAUAUAAACCUGUGUGAAAGGGAGAAGUGUCCUGUAUGUGUGAUAAGGUGUUGAUGAUGCCUGUGUGGGUUAAGAUUUCCAGUAGCUCUACUUGUCUUGUAGUAAAAUUUAUAUAGUAAAUGCUUUAUCAGUGUUGUGUAAAAAUACUCUAUUCUUAAGUCAUUUAAACUAUUUUUCAUAUAUGAGAUGAUGGUAAGAGAUGUCUGUAUGUUUAUUGCAAGUGCAUGUCAAUUUUACUUUAAGAAUUGUGAGUGUCCUCUUUGGAAAUGGUCGCGUUACAUCAACGCUAGUGGGACAACACAUUUAGUCAGAAGAUGCUUGUAAACAUUUCUGAACUAUCUGCAUAUAUUUUUAAAGCAUGCUCUCUAGAGACAUUAGAAUAACCUCCUAGAGCGUUAUCAGUUACAUUAUCUGUUUGCCUAUAUUGCAUAAUAUCAUAUGAGUGUGUUUUCUUUAAUAUGAUAUAGUUAACUCGUAAUAUCUGAAAAAUUUAAUAGGAGUAUCCAAUAAUCUUGCAGAUAACUUUGCAGACUUCAGCGGAUGCCCUGAUUUAAUGUUUUUGGGAACAGCCUGAAGGUCACAGUCAAAGUGGCCUAGCACAGUGGACAGUGACUUUAAUUAGUCAAUAAUGCCAAUUAAGCUUAUUAACUUUUCUAGAUCCUAAAGAGGGAAAAUAUAUCCUUAAAUAUAUUCACCCAGACUCUUCACUCAACAGCUACAUGGUCCUUAGUACAUUUGGCAAAAAGUGCAGUCUAGAAUCUAACCAUGACAAAAAAAAUGAGAGAUCCAACCAUUCCUAUUUCCUUUCUUCUUAUCAUUGCAUAUUUCUGACAAUUCUCUAAGCAUGUGAGCAAGGCCAUCACUAUUCAGCAAAACUCUCAAAAGCUUUGGGCAGCUGAGGAACUUCUAACUCUGAAACACCUAUCCACCAGUUUCUUAGAUUCCCAGUUAUGUCUAUGGACUCCAUGGAGGAGAAGCUUGUUCUGUUAAUUCUUGCUACACCUCUGGUUCAAAGGGAGUGUGUCAUGAUCCCUGGGAAUCUGCUAAGUAAAGUUAGGCCACUGAGACUGGGACAAGGAGAGUAACUGUUUUUACUGAAAUUUUUCUGAAAACCCGUUUUCUUUACCACCACAUUAAAAGGUGCCUAAGUACAUCUUCAGUUGACCUGAUGCAUUUUUGUUGACAAUAUACAAAGUUAAUUUGUUUGGUUGUUUGUUUGCUUUUUGUUGUUGUUGUUUUAAAUUGGACUCACGAAAAAACGAAUCAGUCUAAGGCCUACUGGAAACCAUUACUGUGGUUUUCCUUUCCUAUGUCUUCACAUAGUUUCUCUGAGAAAGCAAAUAGCCAAAUUGCAUUAAGUAGCACUUGCAAUGACCUGAGCAGCCCUUAGAAUUCUUCCUGCUUUUAUACCUUCUGCUAUGAAACCACCUGUGAAAUUAUACAGUCUAGGGUGAAAUGAUUUUGAGAGAAAUUUGAGAUUUCUUAAUAAAAGAAGGAAAUUCUGGACAUCUUUAUAGCUAAGCAGCAGUAGUCAUAAUGCGAAGUACCACUUAAGUGCAUAUAUACAGGCUGCUACAGGACUGGGGAUAUAUUACCUAAUUUUUUAUUUUGCUAAGUGACCUGAGUAUUCAAGGGCUGGCAGAUAAUUUUACCUACUAUUUUUAUUAUUCCUUAUAGACCUAUGAAUAUAUACACAAAGAAAAAUACUUACCUUGAAAAUAUGUAGCUGUUCUGGCUCCUUCAAGCUAACUUACUUGCUUACUUGCUCUUGAUGAUAAGUUGUUGAAGUUCUUGCUUAGGAUGCAUUUGUGAGGGCAUGAGACUCAAUCUGUCCCUCCUCCACCAGCUACUUCUGCAAUAUAGUGACUGUGGUUCUAAAAAAUAUGUUAGUUUAAAAUGCUGCUGGGUGACAAAUGUUGUGAAUCUUCUGCAUUCAUCCACAGGAGUUCUUGUCUGAACGUGAAGUACAAGUUUUAUCCAUGUGCAGAGUUUUAAAUCUAUGUGGACGUAGAGACUGUGUGUAUUCCACUGAAUAUUCUGUUUGUAUGUGACUUCUGUAUACCAAGUGGAUUUUGUUUGUUUAGCUUUUUUUGUUGGGAAACUUCUUUUUUCCUUUUUUCAAUUACAAUAAAUAUUCAAGAGACUAUAUUCAUGAAUAUCUUA